AAAAUGAAACAUUGUCUCCUACUUGUCAUGGUGUUCGUGGGCUCUGCUCAUUGUGCAAGUCAACUCGAAAAACUCAAAAGCGAAAACUGCACGGAGGCUGACAAAUUUCUGGAAAUGUCUUGUCUCUUGCGCAUGAAAGAUUUUCUUGCAAAGGUUGACGAACUUGACGUCAAGAAUAAUGAAAAGGUCGCCGAGUUCGAUAAAUCUUGCACCCAACUUACUGCUUGCUUGAGAACCCUUCAAUGCGGCCCAGAAAACCCUGAACGAAAACGAAAGCUGAAAUUGAUCAGAAACUAUUGUGAUGGUAUUGUUUAUGUUACUCAAAAUUUUACGGAGUGCGAUAAGAAGCUGGAGAGCAAAAAUUCCACGUGCUAUUCUGCUUGGGACCCAUUCCCGGAAAAUUUUGAAGAAGAACUAGAUGAGAAUAAGAAAAAACAAAUGCUUCAAGAGAACUGCAAAGACUAUUUCGGAAAAGACAACUGCAUGAAAAAGGAGAUUACGGAGACAUGUGGGGAAGACGAAUGGGUGAAAUUCCGCGCUCAUUUCAUCGGAGUCGGCAAUGUUCUCAGCGACUGCGAUCUCAAAAAAGCGCUAAAGGAUGUUUGAUACGCUUGACUCAAAUCCCGUCGUUAUGUUUUUAUUAUAUCAAUAAAGUUGAACAUU